GCGACCUAGGCACAUGUCGAUCUGAUGUGUCGAAGCCCAAUUCUGAAACGUUGCGUGCAAGACCACCUGUGCGGAAUGCAUUAGUUGGUUUCUGGCCGAGCCAAAAUACUUUAGGCAAUGAUGCAGAUAUGGAGGCCCACCUGAAGCAUUGCAGGUCCAGUAGCACAUCAACAGCAGGAACAGCCCAAAUACACAAUUCCCCGAAUAAGGUGCCAAAAUUUAUUCCUUCCAGAUGUCUUCCUCUGAUCUUGUGUUUUUUGUCUUCAGUGAAUGAUCCACCUGCUGCUUACGAGACAUGUAAUGCAGUAGUGAGUAGGUUGCAUGAAGCCCCAGCCAGAUGUCGUGACGCUACCCCUUGCGGCUCGCUUCUCCCGAAGCCAUCCACACUCUCCAGUGAAGGUUGCCGCAGCAAUGUGUUUGUUCGACGGUCGUCUGAACGACUUAAUGUUUUUGAAUUUCCCCGAGAUAAUUCCUUCGCAGGGUUGAUCGUAGUCUGCGUGCUCGCAUGCCUCGGAGUGCGGUGGUGCUGCCUCCUCGGUAGCCCAAAACCCCAGAAGCUUUAUGUGCCAACAUUCACACCCCCGCCUGGAUUCUCCCUGCAGAGAUUGGAAGCCAUUCGAAUUGACCCGCCCGAGCGCAGCUCCCGCAUCGCAGCAGAGAAUGCUUUCCUGGAUACCUUGCCUGGCCUACCGCCGCGCUACACUUAUGGUGAUUUGUUCACGGCAACGGAUGGGUUCAGAAGAAUUCUUGGUGAAGGGGGUUCGGGUCAAGUGUAUCUGGGGCUGCUCCCCGGUGGAGUUAGAGUGGCAGUGAAGGUUUUGCAGAGCGCCAAUCAGGGAGACAAGGAGUUUCGCACGGAAGUAGCCACCAUCGGCAACCUCCAUCACAUCAACCUUGUUCGGUUGCGGGGGUUUUGUCUAGAGGGUGCUCACCGGCUUCUCGUUUACGAAUUCAUGGUGAAUGGCUCCCUGGAUCAAUGGCUAUUCACUGACUUCAUUGACUGGCCAACGCGGUUCAAUGUCGCACUGGGAACAGCUAAAGGCUUGGCGUAUCUUCAUCACGAUUGCCAGGAGAGGAUUGUGCACUUGGACAUCAAGCCCCAGAAUAUCCUACUGGAUGAGAAGUUCACUGCGAAGGUGUCCGAUUUCGGUCUCGCGAAGUUGAUGAGUCGAUCGGUUACCAGUCAGGUGGUGACUCAAAUGCGAGGGACACCAGGCUACCUAGCGCCCGAGUGGCUCAUAUUCUCAGCAGUGACUGACAAGAGCGAUGUGUACAGCUACGGCAUGGUGCUGCUUGAGAUUCUCAGUGGGCGGAGAAACGUCAGCGACGUGGACAGCGACGUGGAAAAGCAUUACUUCCCCAAGUGGGCAUACCGCAAAAUCGAACAAGGGUGCAGCGUGGCAGACAUUGUCGAUGCUAAACUGUGUCCCAUGAGCGAAUUCGAUAUGAGGCAAGCAGAUCGCAUGCUCCGGGUCGCAAUGGCCUGCAUUCAGGAGGAUAUGCACGCCAGGCCUUCGAUGCCGCUGGUGGUGCAAAUGCUGGAAGGCGUAAUCCACAUCCCGCUGCCCGCACCUCAACCGAUGCAAUCCGCGCUCAACACGCAAUUCACUCGAAUCCUGGAUCUCAACACGCAGUCGGCACUGGACUUCUCAAGCAUCCAAAUCUUGUCGGAACCCAGUUCUGUAGAGGCCUCGAUAACCUUUAGUGCUCCCAGGUGACUAUAAAAGGAGUGGAUCUAUGUAACUGAGUGUACAAAAGCAACCAUCCUUGUAAAACCAUUCUCUUGUGUAAACUAUCAACUAAAUUAGGUGCACGGGCAUUUGCAAUUACAUGAUUUUCUUCGCUCUAGUUGAACCGAAACUGUUGUGUAACUGGCCCAUACACACCAUGAUUUUGCUCGGGAGAGGGCACUACCUCAUGCGCGAGAGCAAGAACCAAGCUCUUGCACAAGACGGCCUCGUAUCUUCAGUCCAUCAGCCAAGACUCCCAAUCUUCACUCGAAAACUUCCAGCUUUUGGAUAAGGUGAGCUUGGUGUUGGCAGUAGUGUGAGAAACAUGCACAGUUUUGAAAGCAUGCAUCAAAACUUGGAGUAGAACGUGGAAUAGAUGUGUUGCAUUGGAAGAGUAAGUAUAUCACCAAAUGUAUUCUUCUUCUUCUUCUUCUUUCUGUCCAUUUUGUUGAUAUAGUCUUUUUUUAGUUUUCAAAUUUUGGUAAAUUCGCCCAUAUAUUGAAAGGCAAAAGGAUUAGGAUUAAGUUACAACGUUGUACUACCAUAAACUGUAUAUUUUGAUUUGCAUUGGUAAUUGAUAUGCCUUCUCUCA